AUGGUCCUUUAUCAGAACAACGAUGCUUUUAUGUGCAAGAUAUUCGCCACCACUUUACAAGGUGAGGUGCAAGAUUGGUUCCACACCUUACCACCACAAUCCAUCCGAAGUUUUGAUGAUCUUUCCUUGGUUUUCACCAAAGAAUACUCAUCCUACCACUCAAUCAAGCAAAAGUCCGAUCACUUGUUCAAUGUGAAAAAAAAUCCACAAGAGUCGCUUCGCGAUUACGUGAAGAGGUUCAAAGCAGAGAAGGCGAAGAUAGUCGAAUGCGACAACUCGAUACCAAAUGCAGCCUUCCAAAAAUGA